UAAAGGAAUUUAUUUCAAAAAGUAUAUAUAUAUAUAUAAAAAAUAAAAUUCAAUUGGAAUCUGAAUAGUUUGAGAUAUACUUUGAGUUUUAAAGCUUGAGAUUUCACAAAUGAAGAUACACAUAAUACUUUUGUUAACAACUGUCAGCUUACAUGGAUCGGUUAUUGAAGUGAAUAAAGCAAAUAACUGCCCUGCUGGUUGGUUGGCAUACAAAAGCUCUUGCUACCUUUUCGAAAACAAAAAGCAAAACUGGAUGGAGUCCAAUUCAGAAUGUAAGAAAAAUGGAGGAAAUUUGUUGAGUGUGGUUGAUCAAAAUGAACAUUCAUUUAUUGAAUCAAACUUAAACGGCAAUAAUUAUUUUAUUGGUCUCAAUGCUAUUAAUAAUAACCGAAACUUUGUGUGGUCUGAUGGAACGCCAUUGGUUUUCCAAAAAUGGGCACCUGGUGAACCUAGUAAUACAAAUGGAAUAGAAGAAUGUGGUGAACUUAAUCACCUUGGUUGGAAUGAUUAUCCAUGUGAUCGUCUGUAUGGGCAUAUCUGUAAAAUCAAUAAAGAUUUAAGCUUGGAUUUAAAGUGGAUUUUGUUAAAGAAAGGAGCAUGUUUUGAAGGAAAGAACGAUCGCCCAGCAAACGUUCCCAUAAAUCUAAAUGGUGUAUUAGUAGGAGUAAAGCUUGUGCAUCAAAGUGGUCGUGUAAAAUGUUCUCCAUUUUGGGAAGGAAGUAACUUUGGUUGUUCAAACGAACAAAGUUUGUUUAGCAUUUCAAUUUGUGAUAAUAAAAAAAUGGUUUUGUUUCCAUCUCCAAACCAAGCACUUAACUACGAUGCUUCCAGAAAUUAUCAGUACCCUGUUUACCUACCAACCGACAAAGACGUUAUUUUUACGAACUAUGAAUAUCCACCCUACUUAAGAAACGGAGAUUCAAUCACAAUUUGGAACAAUGAAGACCUUUUUAAUAUUGGCGAUGUUGAUAAUGUUGGACAAACUUGUGUUGACGUAUACGGUACAUUCGGUGCAUUUAAGAAUAUUUAGUGCUUUUGCGGAUGUUUACGAUAUUCAGGGGGAUGUUUAGUGGUUAAUUGUAUUUUUAGUAUACUUCAUUGCGGAUGUUUACGAUAUUCAGGGGGAUGUUUAGUGGUUAAUUGUAUUUUUAGUAUACUUCAUUUUAUUUUCAUCUUUGUUUUUAAAUGGAA